AUGCGCGACGUGGAACUAUCAAGUGUCACCGGCGCGAGGGACGGGGCUGGUAGGAGAUACCCGGUGAUCGUGUUCGUGCAUGGAGAGAGCUACGAAUGGAGCAGUGGCAACCCUUACGACGGCAGCGUCCUAGCGAGCUACGGCAGCGUCGUCGUCGUCACCAUAAAUUACAGACUCGGCAUUUUAGGCUUUCUAAACGCCAACACGGAUUCGCACUUACGAUCGCCGGCGAAUUACGGGCUGAUGGACCAGAUCGCGGCGCUGCACUGGGUGCAGGAAAACAUCGGUUACUUCGGCGGCGAUCCUGGGAACGUGACGUUGAUCGGCCACGGGACUGGCGCCGCCUGCGUCAACUUCCUGAUGACCAGCCACGCGGUACCGGACGGACUGCUGUUUCAUCGCAGCGUUUUAAUGUCUGGGAGCGCGCUUUCGCCGUGGGCAUUGGUGAGGGGAGCCGCAAAUUACGCUCUGCAGGUUGCUAAACAUCUAAAUUGCUCGUGGGCCGCGGAUGAUCCCCAGGCGUUGCUAAGAUGCCUGAGGGAAGUGCCACUGGAUGCGCUGGUGUCGGUGCCCGUUAAAGGGUUGAAAUUCGCCCCAGCUUUCGGUCCCAGCAUAGACGGCGUCGUGAUUGAUCCCGGUGAUCCACAGGAUCAGGACUUCACCCUGCAAGUCGACACGAUCAAUACGCUGAAUAACAUUUUGCUCCGGAAGGACGUCAUAGCCAAACUCUCGAGGUACGAUCUUAUGAUCGGUGUUGUACGAUCGGAAGCAUAUUUUUCUUUGACCGCCGACGACGCAUAUUACGGGAUCGAGGCGGACAGAAGAACAAAAAUUCUCAGGGAAUUUGUUCGAAACACCUAUACGUAUCACCAAGCAGAGAUCCUAGCAACCAUAAUCAACGAGUACACGGACUGGGAACGGCCCGUACAACAUCCAUCUAACAUUAAAGACGAAACCCUCGAAGCUUUAGGCGAUGCCAACACUGUGGCACCAGCUACGAGAACAGCGGACCUCCACAGUCAAGCUCAUCGAAACUCUUACCUCUAUGUGUUCGACUAUCAAACGAAAUUCGGUGAUUAUCCACAGAAAUCGGGCUGCAUUCACGGCGAGGACCUGCCAUACUUUUUCGGAGCACCCAUUGUGGGUGGUUUGUCCCAUUGGCCGAGGAAUUACACCAGAGCCGAGAUAGCCCUCUCCGAGAGCGUGAUAGUCUACCUGACGAACUUUGCACGCACGGGGAAUCCGAACGAGGGCACGCCGGACAUCGGACCGAUGAGACCGGAACGAACGAAGUUCAAGAACAUCGAUUGGGCCGCUUACGAGGCGGUGCACAAGAACUACCUGAGCAUAGAUCUCAAGCCAAAGCUGAAGACCCACUACAGGGCGCACAGGCUCUCGUUUUGGCUCAACCUCGUCCCCGACCUCCACAAGCCUGGCUCGGACGAGGUUCCCAGGUCCCAUCAUCUUCUGGACACUGAACAGGUGCCGCCAAGGUUCAUCCAAAGGAUACCAACGACAACCAGGAUGACAACAGCGGAGACAACCCUCGCGGAGAAGCCAAUGAACGUGUCCACGGCUAUACCCAGCGAACUGGCGUUCGAGGACUCGACUGCACAGCCGGAGGACGGGUUCGCGGCCUAUUCCACAGCCCUGAGCGUGACGAUAGCGAUCGGUUGCAGCCUGUUGAUCCUGAACGUGCUGAUAUUCGCGGGCGUCUACUAUCAGAGGGACAAGAGCACGCAGCACAACUGUUCGAAGAAACGUCAGGAGAACGGACAAAUGCCUAACAAUAUCUGCGGUGACCUGGAGACGAAGACCGCGGAGAGACAUCACAUCCAGCACAUCCCACCGCCGGAGUUCGCCGAUCUGCAGAACAACAGCUGUCACGUGCCGAUGCCACCGCCCCCGCCAAAGAAUACCAAGCCUGGAAAACCGGGACAGAACCUGAUCAUCAGCCCCAAUCAGCUUCAGCAGGAGAGUAUGGCGAUGACUGGCACGGGGACUCUGAAGAAGGGGCACAAUCAUCAGCAACAGGUCAUGGACGAGCUAAGAGUCUGACUCCACGAGUACUUUGCAGGCGAAGCUGAACAGUUGUGGAUGAUUCACAGCCUGGACGAAAAAUCGGGCAAGGUGUCCCUUGAAU